AUGGUUCAGCCAAUAGAAUCUGCAAACACGGCAGAACGAAGAGCCUUGAACGGGAACAACGACGCUCAGCAUGAGCUGGACGCCAAAGUGACUGAAGAGCAAACUAAGGCAGGGCAAGAGGUGGAUCCACCUCGGAGGUCCACACGCAAUGCCAACACUAUCCUGCCACCAGCACACCCGAGGUCUGGCAAGGCCAACCGAGGUCGAGGUGGCGGGACGGACGACCUGCCGGAGGAUGGAGAUGACUUGGAUCCACCCAUCCACCCCGAUGACUAUGAACCCGCUGUUGAAAACAAAGGGAUUGAUUAUAGUCUGAGGGAUCACGACCUCCGAAAACACCUGACUGCCACCCACCUCGCCACCAUCCGACAGAAAGAAGACGAGACUUUGAGAGAGUACGUGACCCGCUUCAAAGAAGAACAACUUAAGGUCGCGCACUGCUUUGACGACUCGGCCAUGUGCUACUUCCUUACUGGCCUGGCCGACGAGACUCUGACGGUUAAACUGGGUGAAGAAGCACCGUCAACCUUUGCUGAGGUCUUGCAGAAAGCCAAGAAGGUCCUAGAUGGGCAGGAGUUGCUCAAAACCAAGCUAGGUCAAACAGACAAGAGGAGAUCCAACUCGGACUCUAACCGAAGGGGGCCCUAUGAGAGGUACACCCCAACCACUAUUCUGAUCUUUGAGAUUCUUACCAAUAUCGAGGAGAACGGGUUAGAAAAGCUCCUCAAGCGACCUGAUAAGCUUAGAGGACAUCCGGAAAAAUGCAGCAAAGACAGGUACUGCCGUUUCCAUCGCGACGACGGCCAUGAUACCUUGAGUUGCUGGGAAUUGAAGCACCAAAUUGAGGACCUGGUUCAAGAUGGCUACUUCAAAAAAUAUGUAAGCAAGCCGGGCGCGAGCUCGGCACAGAAAAAAGAAGAGAGGAAGCAUUCAAAGACGCCACCUCGGAGAGAUGACCGACCUGCGAUCAUCAAUACAAUCUUUGGUGGCCCUAGUGGGGCCCAGUCUGGAAACAAGAGAAAGGAACUGGCCAGGGAGGCUCGGCGUGAAGUCUGCACUAUUCAGAGCAGAGGCCGGCCUGUCAGAAGGGUGCUGGUAAAUGGGGGCGCUUCCGCCAACAUUCUAUCUCUCACCACUUACCUAGCACUGGGAUGGACCAGGACACAGUUGAAGAAGAGUUCAACCCCCUUAGUUGGAUUUUCGGGAGAAUCAGUCACCCCGAAGGGUUACAUUGAUCUUCCCAUCACUAUCGGCCAAGGUGACACUCAAGUCACUCAGAUGGCCGAGUUCGUGGUGAUAGAUGGCAGGUCGUCCUACAAUUCCAUUUUCGGAUGA